GAGAGAGAGAGAGAGAGAGCAGAUAACCGCAUAGCGCACGACCCCGGCCGGGCCGAGCGAGCCAGAGCCCAGAGCCAGAGCGAAGAGGGAGAGAGAGAGAGAGAGAGAGACAGCGAGCAUAUAUGAGACGUCUACGGUAGCUGUGCUCAUGGUGAUGGGGAGGCCGAACCAGAGCCACGGGAGCGGGGGCGACGAGGAGCGGCUGCCCCUGCGCGGCGGGCUGGAGACGGAGCGGGCGCCGCCGCCGCCCCACCACGCCGCGGAGCAGCUCAAGGAGGCGAGGCGCGGGGGCGGCAGGCUCUGGCGCGCGUCCGUGCGCGCCGGCCUGGUGCUCUGCCUGCUGACGGUUCCGGCCGUCCUGCUCUUGCUGCGGUGGCAGGCCGACUCCUCGCCGCAGUGGGUCUUUGACUUCGAGGCGCCCGAGGAAGACGACGACGACCAAGAUAUACAAGAUGAUGUGUCUGACGAUAUAUCUCCGUCCCCACAAAUUGAGUAUGAUAGACUUCUGGGUGGCCUUCUGAUCGAGGGAUUUGAUGAAAAAUCUUGUAGGAGCAGGUAUCAGUUUGCACGCUAUCACAAGUCACCAAGCAUACCUUCACCGUACCUCAUAGAGAGGUUAAGGAAACAAGAAUUGUUGCAGAAAAAGUGUGGUCCAGGCACCAAAGCAUAUAAGGAAGCAUCAAAGCAGCUGAGGUCCGGUCAGAGUCAGACCACCAAUACCACAGAUUGCAACUAUCUGAUACUGACCAUCCACGCUGGCUUGGGGAAUCGGAUGCUUGAGAUUACUUCAGCAUUACUAUAUGCGCUACUUACAAAUCGGAUUUUGCUUGUGGACCGCUACAAGGAGAUUGGUGACCUUUUCUGCGAACCCUUCCCUGGAACCUCAUGGUUAGUCCCUUCAGAUUUCCCUCUGAGCUAUGGCGAGUUUACUCAGAGUAGUCCAGAGAGCUAUGGCAACAUGCUGCAGAACAAAGCUGCCGGUGGCAAUACAAAUCGAUCUUUGGCUGGUACUCGGCCUAACUAUGUGUAUCUCCACCUCGAUGGUAACUAUGGUUUCCAUGACAAACUUUUCUUCUGCGAAGACGACCAGCAGUUCCUGCAAGGUGUUCCAUGGCUGAUCAUAAGAACAGACAUGUACUUUGUGCCGUCCCUGUUUCUAAUUCCAGGUUUCCAAGAUGAACUCAGCAGGCUAUUUCCAGAGAAAGACACUGUUUUCCAUCACUUGGCACGCUAUCUUUUUCAUCCAACAAACAAUAUUUGGUAUUCUAUUACAAAAUACUACCGGUCCUACAUGGCCAAAGCGGAAAAAAGAGUGGGAAUUCAGAUAAGAAUAUAUGAAACCAAGGGCAUCUUGCAAAGAAAUGGCCCAUUCCCGCACAUUUUGAAUCAGAUCCUUUCAUGUGCACAGAAUGAGAAGCUCCUGCCAGAAAUUGGCAUGAUGGAGGGAGCAGCAGCUGAAGCUCAGAAUAAGGGAGCAGCAGCUGAGACUCAGAAUAACCAAACAAUCGUCGUUCUAACUACUUCUUUGAGCUCUUGGUACAGUGAUCAGAUCCAGAAGAAAUACGAAGAACACCCAACAGUUGAUGGAACUACUGUCAAAGUGUACCAGCCAAGCCACGAGGAGUACCAGAGGUCAAGGAAUAGGAAGCACAACAUGAAGGCGCUUGCCGAGAUCUAUCUACUGAGCAUGAACGAUGAGCUAAUCACCAGUGGCUUUUCCACAUUCGGGUACGCAGCUCAGGGGCUCGCUGGCCUGAAGCCAUGGAUCAUGUUCAGGUCAGAGAACCACGUGACACCAGAUCCACCGUGCGGCCGCGUCAUGUCCAUUGAGCCGUGCUUCCACCAGGCUCCCUUCUACGACUGCAAGGCAAAGAGGGACACUGACUUGGGCAAGGUGGUGCCUUACGUGAGGCACUGCGAGGACGUGAGCUGGGGUCUGAAGAUUGUAAAUGAAACUAAGUUGUAGCUGUAGUUUUGUCAGGACUCAAGGCAGAUUUUCUCGCUAACUAGGGCAGAAGUAUUUUUUUUUGUUUCAAAAGAAACUAUACGUUGUAUUCUUUCCCUCUCCUGUAUUUGAUCCAACUGUAGAUAAGUUGAUGAACAGGUCCAUUAAUCUGUUCGCUCUCUGAUUCCAAAGAAAAAGAAUGAAAAAAAUAUGCUUACUGUCUGAUCA